GCUACUUUGCAUCAUACUGUGGGGGCCCUCAAUGCUGGGCACUUGGCAAUUUCAAUCGGGGGCCCUAAUUGCAACAAUCCCGGACUAGCCGGACAAAUCUGUAUUCCUGCGUGAUCGAUUGGGUCAUUGCAACAUUGCUCAUUGAGGAUGGUGUGACGGGAUCAGGAUCGCUAUGAAUAAGGCCUCGUACUCUCUGUGACCGACCAUAUAUACCCAGCCUCGCCGAUCAAGUUCAGGAGGGGAACCGGCCACCUGAAUCAAAUAGAUCAUCAAUCGCCGUCGUUGCAAUCCUUCGGAGGCAGACACUCGGAGUUACCCGCUCAUCGUCGCAAGCAUGUCGUUGGCACACCGAGAAAAGGAUGACAUUGUUGCUCAGGAAGAAGCGUUCGAUGUCAAGCCCACCCUAUCGGCUGACGAGUACGCUCCGGUAGGACGAGAAAACCUUCACGAGAAGGUCGUUCCUAACGAUGAUUACUAUGGAGCGAAGCACUUCGACCCUUCCUUCACUUGGGACGCAGCCGAGGAGAAGAAGGUCCGGCUCAAGACCGACUUCAUGUUAUUGUCCGUAAUCUGUCUCAUGUUCUUUGGUCUGCAACUGGAUCGAGGAAACGUAUCCAACGCCUUGGCGGACAACCUCCUGAAAGACUUGAACCUAACACAGAACGACUACAAUAACGGAACAACGAUCCAGCUACUCGCCUUCCUGUCGUUCGAGUUCCCCUCGCAGAUUGUCUGCGCUCGAGUAGGAUUCAAGAGAUGGUUGCCGUUCUUGAUGAUGCUUUGGGGACUGGUCAGCCUCUUCCAAUGCUUCAUGACCAACCGAGCCGGUUUCUAUGUCACCCGACUGCUUAUCGGAGCCUGCGAAAGUGGAUUUAUUCCUGGAGCGGUCGUGAUGACGAGUCACUUCUAUACUUCCAAGGAGUUGGCAAUCCGUCUUUGUUGGUUCUGGUCGACCCUUAACGUCGCACGAGUAUGCUCGGCUCUCCUGGCGGCUGGAAUCUUGCAGAUGAGGGGGAUCGCUGGCAGGCCCGGUUGGUUCUGGCUCUUCGCGCUCGAAGGUGCUCUGACCUGCGUCAUUGCCAUUUUUGCCUACUGCUGGUUGCCUGAAAGCCCUACCAAGACCACUGGUGUCUUUUGGCGCAAGCCCUGGUUCACCGAGCGAGAAGAGAAGAUCAUGAUCAACAGGGUCCUCCGUGACGACCCCGCCAAGGGACUGACGGCUCUGCACAACAAGAUCAGCUUUGCCGACAUCAAGGACGCCCUCUCCGACAGGCAUCUGUGGCCCUUGAUCUUCCUUGGUCUGAUCGCCUAUAUCCCUCAGAGUCCCGUUCAAGGAUAUUUGACUUACAACCUGAAGCAGCUCGGAUUCUCGACUUUCAACAGGGUUCCUUCCGCUGCCCUGCAAAUCGUGACCAUGCUUGCCAUCUCGUGGUCGAGCAACCAUUUCAACGAACGACUCUACCACUGCAUGUUCGGAGAGUUCUGGGCCAUGCCUAUCUUGAUCGCUAUGAACACCUUGCCUGAUGGUGGAAGGGAAUGGGCGCGAUUCUCGAUGGUCACCCUGAUUGCCGGCUACCCUUACUUCCACCCCAUCCUCACGAGUACCAUCUCGGAGAAUAGUUUCUCUACGAAACGUCGUUCGAUGCAGAUCACUGGCUACAACGUCGUCGUCCAGAUCGGCUCGGUCGUGAGCUCGCAGAUCUACCGCAAGGACGAUGCUCCGUACUACCACCGUGGAAACAAGAUCCUGGUUUCUAUCUGCGGUCUUGCUCUGAUCACCUUCGCGAUCACCCGCUGGUACUUUGGAUACCUUAACAAUCAGAAGGAGAAGAUCUGGGGCGCGAUGACGGCGGAGGAAAAGUGGGCUUAUCAAGAGGAUAUCACCGCCCGUGAAAAGGAAGGUUCCAACAGGCUCGACUUUAGGUUGACCCGUUGAGCGCGCAGGGCGGCAAGGGGACUCGGGAUCACGAUCAGGACCCAGGUGCAAUUGACUUUCGGUUUGUUUGUUUUCGCUUAUUGUCCAUGAUCAAGGCUGUUCGCAGUGGAAUACGAAAUGUAAAAUAGUCAGGAUUGGUAAAUGGAAUGUAUGCUGUACUACUGGCUCGCUUGAGCUUCUGCCCAAGAGCCGAUGCAUGUCUGAUGAUACAAAUCACCGC